AUGUCAAUCAUAGCCGAAGCCAUUUGGGCUGCGUCGCCCACGACCACCCGCGGCGCCCCAACACCCCUCUCGAGCGACGCCAAGGGAGAGCGCAUCACGUACGCGUCCAACAAAUCGAUCUUUGUGCGUUCUAUAGAUGAUCCAGCAGUCGCGAAACAAUACACCCAGCAUACCGCUACUACCACCGUCGCCCGAUUCGCGCCAUCCGGCUUCUACAUUGCCUCGGGUGAUGUCUCCGGCAUAGUACGAGUAUGGGACGCGGCAGGAGCAGAGCAGACGAAAGGCGAGUAUUCGAUCAUCGCUGGGCGCAUCAAUGAUAUCGCAUGGGAUGGGGAUAGUCAGAGGAUCAUUGCGGUCGGCGAUGGAAAAGAGCGCUUCGGGCACUGCAUCACGGCCGAUUCAGGAAACAGCGUGGGCGAAAUCAGUGGACACAACAAGCAGAUCAAUUGCGUGAGCAUACGUCAACAGCGUCCUUUGCGAGCUGCCACAGGCGGUGACGACACAACUCUGUGCUUCUUCCAUGGCGCGCCAUUCAAAUUCAACACCAGCGCACGCGCUCAACAUGACAAAUUCAUCUACGGCACUCAAUUCAGCCCUGAUGGCAAUCACUUGGUCACCGUAGGCGCCGACCGAAAGAUCUGGCUGUACGAUGGUAAGACAGGCGAAGCGGUCAAGCAGAUAGGAGAAGGAGAGCACACCGGAAGCAUCUUUGGAGUAUCUUGGUCCAAGGACAGCAAGAGAUUAGUGACCUGCAGUGGUGACCGGACAGUCAAGAUCUGGGAUGCUGAAAUCGGAAAAUCCGUGCAGUCAUGGCGAUUUGGUCCGGAGGGAACGACCUGUGUCUCUGAUCAGCAGGUCGGUGUGACGUGGCCAGCGCGGAGUGAUGGUCUCAUUAUUUCCGUCGACCUCGAGGGCAAUCUCAAAUACUUGCAGGAAGGAGCUGCAAGUCCUGUCAAGGUGGUCUCUGGCAACCAGAAGGCCGUCACCGCGACGACUUACUCAGCCGAGACCAACACGUUCUGGACGGGAAGUUACGAGGGACGGUUGCGCGCCUGGGAUGUCUCGACAGGAUCAGCAGAUAUCAUCCAGGGCGAGGCGCACUCAAAUUACGUCUCUGGCAUCGUCCAAUGGCCGUCGGACAAAGUCGCUACUGUGGGCUGGGACGAUACCAUCCGCCACACCUCUUCCUCGCAGAAGACUUUCUCGGGAAGUGCAGCAAAAACCGACGGCCAACCCAAGGGCGCCGCAUUGGUGGACCUGAACAGUACACCGCACACAGCCGUUGCAAUAGCCAGCGGUGUAGCGAUCUACACCUCCGCCGGCGAAGUCACCGCUCAGCGAAAGCUGUCCUCGUCACCGACUGCAAUUGCCGCUCAUGGGACCCUCAUCGCUACAGGAGCAGACGAUAAGAGCGUCAGCAUUUUCCCCGCUGGGUCUGAUGGCGCAGCUACUGUACUCAAAGAUGCCAACGCGGCGAUUUCCGCGCUCGCAUUCUCACCCACGGGGACGCAUCUUGCCGCAGGCUGCACGAACGGCAAAAUCUUCGUCUAUGCGCGCGGCGGCAACGGCAUCUCGAGUGGUGAGGAGGAGUGGAAACUCGAGACGAAUCGGUGGUCGGCACAUACAGCCCGUGUGACGAGCAUUGCCUGGUCGCCGGAUGGGAAGAAUGCUGUGAGUGGCGGUUUGGAUACGAAUUUGUGUGUUUGGAGUCUUGCGGAUCCGGGAAAACGGAUCCGUGUGGCGAACGCUCACAAAGACGGCAUUGGAGGCGUGGCGUGGGUGGAUAAGGAGAAGGUUGUCUCCGCGGGUGCGGACGCAGCGGUCAAGACUUGGAAGGUGCAGGGUUUGGUCUAA